CCACCCACUUCAUAUGAUUACAGUAGGGCAACACAUUUAAUUAUAGGGUCUAAAUUAACUGCUGUCUUCAACGGGAAAAUGCUGAUUAUAUUCCACUUACUGCUGCUGCUCAGAGUGAAGCGAUGCACAUCUGAUCGGAUCUUUGAGACACGAACCGCUGGUGUUGGACAUGAUGUGGAUUUGACAUGUAGCCGACAGGAGUCGGUUUACAGUGCCAACUUAUUUUGGAUCAGGCUCGUUUCUGGAAACUUUCCUGAAGUUUUAGGAGUAACACCUACAUUUAACUAUACAGAUGUUAGUGAGACCCCUCACUUUACAGUCAAGCAAGAGCCUGGGAUCUUUCUUCUACGGAUCAAAAAAACUGAGCGAAGCCAUACUGGAGUUUACUAUUGCAUAAGAGUAGAACAGCUCGUCAUGAUAUUUUUGAAAGGAACAUUUCUUAGGAUUAAAGGACCAGAACCUGAUGUAUCUACAGUCAUUCAAGUCCCUCCGUCUGAUCCAGUCGGUCCAGGAGACCCAGUGACGCUGCAGUGUUCAGUCCUGUCUGACUCUGAGAACAACACGUGUCCAGGAUAUCACAGUGUGUUCUGGUUCAGAUCUGGUUCAGAUGAAUCUCAUCCCAGUUUGAUUCAUGCUCAUGGAAACAGUCGUGAUGAAUGUGAAAAGAACCCUGAAGAUCACUCGCCCCAGAAAUGUGUCUACAACUUCUGUAAGAACGUUAGCUCGUCUGAUGCUGGGACUCACUACUGUGCUGUGGCCACAUGUGGAGAGAUUUUAUUUGGACGUGGAACAAAAGUGGACAAUAAAGCACCCAACGUGUGGGAUGUACAGAAGACCAAUACAGUUCUGUUUCUGUUAUGUGCUACAUUGGCGAUAAGUCUGAUUGUUAUCGGCUUCUUGAUUUAUAUCAUCAAGAAGAAAACGUGUGAUUGUUGCAAAGCUGUGGUUUCUUUUCCAACAGAGGCUGCAACUGUCCGUGGUAGUCAGCAAAAUCAGCAGAGAGAUGAGGACUCGUUGGUUUAUUCUGCGCCAACUUUCACCACGAGGAAAGCUGGUAAAGCGCGGAGAGGAAAAUCAAAAACUACAGAGGAACAACCAGUAUAUUCUGAUGUCAGGGUUCAUGCGAGUAAUUAACAAUUCAAAAACUGGAUUUGCUAAAUGAAGAUGAUACUUAUUCACAUAACUCCGGUAUCUGAUCUUGGUAAGAAUAUUUUAUAUGGAAAUCCUUCAAAAUAUUUUUAUAUUUUGUCCAGAGAUGUUUAAGUUUAAAUGCUUUUGGUGACAUCCUACAGUAUUUUCUUCAAACAGGUUUAUCAUCUUCAACUCAAACAGGCUUUUUGAAAAAAAACUUGACCGAGUACGAAAGUUGUGAAACAAAUAGUCUCAUUUGUUUUAUAUGCAGUUUAAAGGCUCUCUGUUUUCACCAAUGUGUUAAAUAAUGAUUGUGCAGAAUAAAGUUUAAGUUUAACUGCUUUUAUAAUAGAAUCAUUUUUAUUUCAUGUUAAAUUUGUUGACCAUGAUUUGUUUACUUAAAAAUAACUACAGCCGUAAUCAUUACAGAGGGGCAUCUAGCAUAAUAAAUUGAGAAUAAAUACUGAAAUAAACAAUUUUGUUUAAUGUUUCCAAAAUAGUCAUAACCAAUACAAUAUUUCUAAAGGCUCAAAAAGAAAAUUGUCAUUUGAAUUUGACACAUUUUAGAAUGUAAUUACACAAACUUUAAGUCUAUUUGUGCGGUAGACAUUAUAUUUUCAUUGCCAUCAGGAACUACAGAACAGAGUUCAUUUGUUAUGAUUCAGAAGAACCCGCAUAACAAAACCGAUUGGAAACUGUAUUCUUUCUUUUUUUCAUAUUGCAUGUGACCACAACUGACGUAUCGCUGGUGGCCUCAACCCAGGGAUUAUGGAAAUUAGUUUUGGGCUAUAUCUGGUAUGAUGAAUGUUUUCGUGCAUCACCCCUGUUAAAUAACUAUAAAAAAACAAAUAUAAUAAGCUUCCUAACAUUUAACUGUUGUUGCGGCAUGAUCUGUUAGUGUGUAUAACUAUUGUUGGCUGUCCUGCAGAUUUCCAAACACUUUUGAAUUACUGAAAUCCACACAACAUACAAAACAGGAGUUUAGGUUUCUAACCUUGACUACUACACAGGAACCUACUUUGUGCAUGUGGCCGAUUCAGGACUGCUUCCUGUCCUACUGUUCUGGCAGUAAGGAGUCAAAAGUUAUGUGUGCACACACCCUGACAUGAACUUAGAUGAGAACCUUUGUUGAGACUUGGAGAAAGAAGCACAGGUCCUGCUCUCCUCUGAAAAGAUGCAGCAUGAAAAUUAGACAUUGUUAAGGUUGAUGAGACCUGUCGUUUUUUCUUUCAAUGACCUUGAGGGCGGCAACAGACCAACGUGUCUGACAAUCAUCGCUGUAGUUUAAACCCAGUAACUUGUCUUGUGAUGUUGUACUGGACUGCGUGUCUGGUUCCAUGUGAACAUGUGUCUGUGAUGCUGUAAAAGUGGCGCUGCUGCCUUUUAGCAGCGACCUGAGAAGAAGUGAAACAAGUAUAGGAGGUGGCUGUUGUGACCACAACCUCCUCCCCUGCUCGAUAUGCUCUGUACUUUGUGCUCAAGCGACUGACAUGAAGAGCGGGAGCGUCAUCGCAGAUGCACUCAAGGGACGGUCCUGUUUUUACUCAGUUGUAACAACAUUUUGUCAGAUUGUACAUAUAGAUUUGGGGACACAAAAAUCAAUCAAAAGCUGUCGCUAUCAUUAGUGCCUCUCUAAUGAAUUAUGAUUGAUCUUAAUGAAAGACUUGUGCAACACAUGACACAGUCAAGUUACAAGCAAUGACACAUGACAAUGACACGUGAUGACAUCACAGGCUAACAAGUUGAUAUGAAGUAAUAGUUUACCCGCAAAUGCGUCGGUCCAAAACUGGACACGCUACGACAAGUUUAGCAAAUAACCUAAAAAACUAACAGUUGUUCCGUCUUGCAUCUGCUAAAUGUUCUAUCAUGACUGAUGUCAGUGUGACCACGUGGUUGUUUAGUUGGGUUCAUCCAGAUGAAGAUGAUUUCUAAAAUUAGGUCAUAUUUAUCGUUCUCUGACCCAAAAGAAAGUUGUUCAUGCUUUUAUCUCUGCUCGUCUUUAUUACUACAAUGCACUUUACUUGGGUAUCGGUCAGGGCUCCCUCCACCAUCUCCCUGGUAGAUUUCUAAUGGAUUUUAAAUUUCUAACACUCACUUUUAAAGGCCUCUAACGGCUCAGACCUGAAAUUCAUUUCAGAUUAUUGAGCUGUUAUGUGCCCUCUCGACCGAUGAGGUCUGUAGAUGGAGCCCUGCAGGUGACUCCCAGGUCGCAGUUUGUGACAAAGGGAGAUCGCGCCUUUGACAGAAGAGCCCCCACACUUUGAAGCUGUCUGUCUACUGAACUCAGACACACCACGUUACUACCUUCUUUUGAAUCUCUUCAUAAAACCUUUCUCUUUGUGAAAGGUUUUCUCCUUUUAGUCAACUGCCUUGUCUGUUUUCUUUUUACUUUUUUGCUUUUAUUUCGUCUUGCUAAGCACUUUGUAACAUUGUUAAGAAAUGUGCUAAAUUCUUUUUCAUAUUAUUAUUAUUAUUAUUAUUAUGAAUCAUGUUGACAUGUGACAGGGACAAUACCCAUGAAUCACUAAAACAAAUUAGUACCUGUCUUCUAUUUUAGUGGAAACCAGGCUACAACUGCUAUAAAUAUAGUGGUUCAAUCCAUAGUGGUGUAUCCUCAUCAAUGAGUGGCGGCUUUAAAGUCUUUAUGUUUUUAUAUUGUUUGAAAUAAAAAGAAAAUGUUGUGAAGACGACGGCUUUGUGUUACUGCAGUUUACAUUGAAUCUUUUUUUAGUUUACUCUAAGUGCCAGUAAGAAACCCACCAUGAAACAUAAAACAUAAGCUGCUGUUGGUGUUGUUUGUUUCAUGUGUUAUGGAUGGAAGGGCGGUCGAUGUUAUUUCCACUGGUAAUUAGAGGCCAAUCAGAUUGCUCUCACAUUGUUCCCACCCACUUUAUAUGAUUACAUUAGAGCAACACAUUUUAUUAUAGGGUCUA